UUAGCGAUGCCGUCGGGCCAAUUAUUUUUUUAUUGGGCUAAUCAGCCCAACAGUUCCAACUGGGCGCCGACAAGGAGCGAGGCGGCAUUGUAGGAAUGUGGCUUAUUCUUUAUUUAGUAUUUUCCAUCGGGAUAUAUCAGGGCCAUGGAGGACCAGCAAAAAACAACACGCGACUGCAGUCACACGCCUUCACGGUGUCCCCGGACGAGAUCGUGCCCAUGCUGCCGGACGAGGGCAUGCAGAUGAGCACCGUCAUCGCCGGCCUCAUGCCAGACUCCUUCGGGGAGAUGUUCAACUUCCUCGACGGAGACAGCUUUGGAAUAGGUCCAAUGCACGAAUUCGUGUACGGCUGGCAAGCGAUCGUGAACACCAUGAGCAUGAAAAACAACGUGGAAGUGCGCAAGCGCGCGGGGAUGCAACGGUUCGCGCUUGCCGGUAUCAACGGCAUCACGCUCAUCUCGCACAUUGGCGUGACGGAGAUCAUGAUCAACGGGACUAGGACCUACUGCUUCGGUGGAGUCUCGCGACCGCCUGGCAGGCGAAGUCUUAUAUGCAAGGGUGCAAUGUACCAAGAAGGGAGAUUUUCGUGUAAAGUUCCGUAUCUUCGCUUCCCAACGGUUAUUGGCUACAAAUAUUGUAUCGAUAAAUACGCUGCGGUGAAGUCCAUGGAUGGCACAUACAAAAAAACGUACUGUGCUCGAGGAGAUGUAGUCCCCAAGUUCCAUUACGACUAUAUUUGUGAGCGCCGGGAGAUCAGAAUAAAGAAAAUCAACAUGUCGGACCCUAACGAGCGGUUUAAUAUUAGGAAUCCCGUCGUAAGGAGAGCCGAAUACUACAGGGCACCAUACGACAUACUUAAGGCUUGUCCUGACUGGUAUGGGUGCAAUUUACGCAUAUCUCCAGAGUUGGCCACUGCGCAGCUGCCGCCGGACCUCCUGCGCGCCAACGACACGGAGUUCAUCGCUCACGGCGGCAAAUAUUGGCUGGCUCUCUAUUACACUCAGCUUUCGACGUACGCAAUUUACUUCCAAGCGCACGCUGAGUACCCGUGGCAUUCCAACAGACCAGUAGUGCCGGCCGAUAAAGGUGGCAUUUGGGAGCAACUUCUCAAAGCUAACAUUGGGCCGGACAUGAAUCUACAUUACAACUUGAACGGCAUUUUCAACAGGUUCCCGAAUUACCCGGCAGCGAUGGAUUUGUUGAAGAACGACGGACAGGUGCAACCAGCAAACUUCCGAUCACCUGUGUCUGCGACCGGCGAAGAAAUCAUAUCCAAUCCGCAUUUAUCUGAUGGACCAGCUGGAGAUAUGAGUGCCCAGGGGCCCAAUUACUUCAGACGUGAUUCACAAGGCCAGCCGCAGUUCGACCAAGGAUAAGAACAAUAUUGAAGACGUUUCCUAACACCAUCACUUGAUAAAAUAUACAAAUUAGUAGAU